UCUAACGUUAUUGUUAUUUCGCAGUUAUAUAAAGUAGCAAAUUAUCGUUCCUGAAUAGGUGGCGCCGUGGUAGCCGAUCCUGUUCCUCAAUUUCCGGUUUCUGCACUGUGCAACUAUUUCAGUUACAUUUUUAAUUAACGAUGCCAAGUACUUGUUGUUGUGUACCUGGGUGUCAUUUAAGAGGAGGACAUGCAUUUCCAAAUGACUUAAAAAGAAGGAAAAGUUGGAUCAACGCCAUGGCCCAUACGCAGAUUGGACGAGAACACGAUGAAAUCGUGGAGUCCAUCUCAAUCAGCUGUUGUUUGCAAGGCACAUUUUACUGAAAAAGACUACGUGCAGGAAACUAUUCAUGGGCGCAAACCCACCAUUCAGAGACUUAAGUCUACUGCCAUUCCCAGCCUAUUUUCCUGGACCAAGCAAGAGACUGAAUCAUCCGCAAAAAGAAAAAUCAGGGCAGUUUCCUGUGAAAACAAAAGAACCAAACUUGAUGAAUAUUGUAGUAGAAAUCUAGAGGAAAGUUUUGAUUGUAAAGUUGGUUUUCCUGAAGAAGUCAUUCAUACUGCAGAAAGGAUUUAUGACUGUCCACCACCAACUGCCGAGCUAAUGUUGAGCUUCACAGAUGGAAUUAUGCAAACACCAUCAAUGCCUAUGUUUUCAGCAGAGAAUUUUGAAAUGAAGACAUGUGACACAGCCAUGCAUUUUUAUACCGGUUUAGAGUUGUAUACUAAAUUUUUAUUUGUUUUGACCACACUUGGUCCAGCAGCACAUUGUUUGAGAUACAUAUAUUUUCAAAUUGAUAGGGUGUCAGUUGAAAAUCAUUUUUUUUAUGACUUUGAUGAAAUUGAGGCAUUAUACAACCAACUUUGAACUUUCUAGAUUCUAGAUUGAAUCUAGUGUUAAGAAUAUUGUGUAUACAUGGAUUGUUUUUAUGUCUAAACAGUGGUGUGAGGCUAACACUUGGCCAUCUAGUGGUUUAGUCAGGUAUUUUCACCAUCCAACUUCAAAUUAAAGUUUCCUACGACUUGGAUUAUUAUUGACAGAACAGAAUAUCCCGUGAUAAAACCUAAAGCUCCUAGAGCUCAGGCAACCUUUUCAUCAUAUAAAAACAGAAACACUGAAAAUACUUGUAUGUUCGACACCUGGUGGUUUAGUCAACGAUGUCUCUAAUGCAUAUGUUGGUUCUACCAGUGACUAUGAAAUAGUUGAAAGAUGUAGAAUAGUUCAAUUAUGUGAUCCAGGUGACAGUGUGAUGGCAGACAAAGGUUUAAAUGUGCAAGAUUUGUUUGCUACAUUUUUUCAAAAAAAGAAACAGAAUUAGUUCCAAAACUCUUAUACGGGAUAGAAAAGUCUCCAAUUAACAUGUGCACAUAGAGCGAAUUAUUGGACUUGGCAAAACAUACAAAAUUCUAAUAAAUCCUAUGAAUGGAACUGAAACAAAACUUUCAUCUGAAAUAACAUUUAGUUGUACUAUGUUGUGUAAUUUUAGAACUUGUAUUGUGCCAAAGGAUGCAUAAAUAAAAGUGACGCAAUGAA